AUGACAAAUGCACGAGCAAUUGAACUUUGGAAUGAUUUAUCAGACGAUUUUAGUCAAUUAUUGGAAAGUGGUGAAGGAUGUGAUGUAAUAAUUUACGCGGAAAAAGGAGAAUGGCUUCGUCAAGAUCCUGUACAAAUACUCGAGCUCGUAUUUCAAAACCAAGCAUGCAAAAGUCUUCGGGAUUAUUGUUUAUCAGCGAUAUGUGAAAAUCCUGGUCUAGUUUUUGAUUCGUCGAAAUUUCUACAAAUUGACGAAUCAAUUUUAAUAUUACUUUUACGACGUGAUGAUUUAGCAAUGAAAGAAAUAGCGGUUUGGGAGCAUUUACGAAAUUGGGGAAUGUCACAGAAUCCUUUAUUGAAAUAUGAUGUAGAAGAAUGGUCAACAAAUGAUUUCGCUACUUUGGAAGCCACAUUACAUCAAUGCAUCCCGUUAGUGAGAUGGUUUCAAAUUCAACCAUUUGAAUUCUCAAGAAAAGUUAGACCUUUUAGGAAAAUCUUACCCGAAGGUUUAUAUGAAGAUAUUAUAACACAUCAUCUUGAUCCUGAAACAGAAUUAGAAUCAACAGUUUUACCUGCUAGAGUUGCCCCAAAAAAAUCUUUGGAUAAAUUGGAAGAGACGGUUGGAAAAACAAAAAAAAUGUAA